GCGGGCGGCGCCUUCCUGGACCCGCGGCCGCUCACCGUGGUGGCGGUGGCCAACGUCAUGAGCGCCGUGUGCUUCGGCUGUCGCUACCACCACGAGGACGCCGAGUUCCGCGAGCUGCUCAGCCACAACGAGAGGUUCGGCAGCACGGUGGGCGCGGGCAGCCUGGUGGACGUGAUGCCCUGGCUGCAGCGCUUCCCCAACCCCGUGCGCACCGCCUUCCGGGAGUUCCAGCAGAUCAACCGCAACUUCAGCAGCUUCGUCCUCGACAAGUUCCUGCGGCACCGCGAGAGCUUCCGGCCCGGCGCCGCCCCCCGCGACAUGAUGGACGCCUGCAUCCUGUCCGUGCGCAAGGAGGCGGCCGAGGGCUCGCGCGACGGCGGCGCGCGGCUGGACGAAGGCUACGUGCCGUCUACGGUCACCGACAUCUUCGGCGCCAGCCAGGACACGCUCUCCACCGCGCUGCAGUGGCUGCUGAUCCUCCUCACCAGGUACCCUGACGUGCAGGCUCGGGUGCAGGCGGAGCUGGAUCAGGUCGUGGGCAGAGACCGGCUGCCUGGCCUGGACGACCAGCGCCAGCUGCCCUACGUCAUGGCCUUCCUUUACGAGGCCAUGCGCUUCUCCAGCUUCGUGCCCGUCACCAUCCCUCACGCCACCACUGCCAACACGUCUGUUCUGGGCUUCCACAUCCCCAAGGACACGGUGGUGUUUGUUAACCAGUGGUCAGUGAAUCAUGACCCGCAGAAGUGGCCGGACCCGGAGACCUUCGAGCCCGCCCGCUUCUUGGGCCCGGACGGGCUCAUCAACAAGGACCUGGCGAGCAGCGUGAUGAUCUUCUCGGUGGGCAAGCGGCGCUGCAUCGGGGAGGAGCUCUCCAAGGCGCAGCUCUUCCUCUUCACCGCCAUCCUGGCGCACCAGUGCCACUUCAGGGCCGAUCCCGACGAGCCCUCGGAAAUGGAUUUCAGUUACGGCCUGACCAUUAAGCCCAAGGCAUUUAAAAUCAACGUCACUCUCCGAGAGUCCAUGGAGCUCCUGGACCGGGCUGUCCAAACGCUGCAAGCCGAGGAGGAGUGCCAGUGAGAAGCCAGAGCAGGCUGGAAUUCCAGAAGGACUCGGUUUUGAGGGCUGGGGAGGAAAAAUGUCCAGCUCCUCUGAGCUGCUUUCUCGGUUAGCCUCCGAAGUGGGCCCAGGUCAGGACUGGACUGUGCGGGAGCUCUGGGAAGAUUUUUUUGUUUUUCAGUCAGAGUUAAAAGGCCCAAAGAAUUUUUAUACAUACAUCGAGUGCUGGUAAUUUCUCGAGGGAGCAUUCUUUGGAGAUAAAACGCGCAUGUGCACGCCCGGAGAACUACCUGAUGAAGAGGUACUUCCAAUACCAGGCUCUCGUGGGUGGGAUCUGAGAUUUGUGUUCUGCGUGCUGAGCGUCAGUUGGAAACUGUAUUAAGCAAAGCUUCAGAAUAUAUUGCUGAAUAUGCAAAGGCAAAUAAUUUCAGUGUAAGACGUGACUUGAGGGUGAGAGGGAAAAGAUUCCAACCAGAAAUUUCCUUCUCACCUUAUCAAUACGGUUGCUUAGUUGGGCUCUGGUACCUGUGGAUGGAUUUAUCGUUUGGCCUACUGAUGAGCUUUCUCUUACUUUUUUGGAUAGGUCAUAAAGUCAUUUGCUGAAAAAGAAAUUAAUAGUAGUUGGUUUAGCGAUUAUAGUGGGUUUCAGUGAUUUAUCAUGAUGUUUAAAGUGAAAGUUGUUAAACUGUAAAAUAUUCUGCUCUGUGUUGGUUGCUGAAGUACAGAAUUUCAAUUAUGAGCAACAUCCCCCAAGCCCCCCAAAAAGAUUUACCUGCCCAGCUAAGCUUUAAAUGAUGUGAUUGCAAUGCACUGAUUUCAAUACUUCGCAUAGAUUUUAAAAAAUCACCAAAUAGUAUUCAAUAUGUAUACAUAUAUAAUGAUUCAUAAGCAAUAUGUAUUAGUUAUUUUAUUAUUAAAUAGUAUUAAUUAGUUUGGUCAAGAAAAGGUUGAAUAAUGUAUGUCUUUUAUAAUGCCAUAGAAAAUUGAAAAGUACAAGCCAUUCAACUAAUGUUGGCUCAAGUCAUGAAAUGAGUUAGAUUAAAUCAACUACCUAUUUUUGACAUGGAAACCAAGUUGAAGCAAAAUCUCGUCUUUCAUCUGAAACUCUAAUGACAACUGAAAAAAUCUAAACAUUGGGCCAGCAAAGAUGUCUCCCUUAUUACUUUAUGGUAGAUUUAUUAAAAUUAUAUUCAUAAUAUAGAAUCUCUUUUGAAAAUUGAUCAAGUUAAUAUGUUAUAAUUACAAACUCUUGGCAUGCUUUGAUUUUAAUUUAAUUUAAAAGACAUUCUGAUUAUGGAGUUGCAGUUAAAGUUACUGGAAAUCUGACCAUUAGCAAUUGGAAGGCAGAGAAAUUUCACCUGUGCUUCCUGAUGAGUAGUGAGCAAUGCAACAAAUUACCAGAAUGCUCUCUUUAUUAAGAGAGAAGAGGGACAUUUUCCAUUAUAACAGACCUAGUUUUCCUUUUAAAAGAUUUUUUUUAAAAAAUAGCAUUAACGUCAGUGUUUCGGAAAGUCAGAACCAGAAGGUAGUCUUGGAGGCUGUACCGAGGCUUGCAUUGCGUGCCACUGACGCUGACUGGAUCAGCUGUGCCGUUUAAGACGGGCAACCCAGUGAGCCGAUGCUUUGGUAACUGAAAACAUAAAGCUUGAAUGAAAUGUGUACAUUCAGUUUAUGCAAAUAACCUGAAAACCUUAAUGAAAGUGAUGGAAGACUGCAAGAGUGCAAAGUGAAGUUUAACUUUCAUUGCAUGUCAGUGUCCAAAGGAAGUUGUACAGUAUCCUACAAGCUUAUAAGCUCUUGGACUCUUAUCAAAAUUACAAAGGAAGGUAUAUCAUGGCUGUGUGUGGGGCGGAAAGAGAAAAGUGAAAAAGUGAAAGGAAGAAAGAUGGUUAAGCAUUUCCCCACUCAUUCCAAAUUAAUUCAUUUGAAAUGUGAAUAUUUAGAAAAAAGGUAUUUUUUGUGUGUCAGCAUUAAAUCCCAAGUAGACUUUUAAAAAUCUACAAUAUAUUAGAUCUCUUUUGUAACUUGAAAUUUUUUUAAAUCCUCACCCAAGGAUAUGUUUUUAUG